AACCCUCUCGUUUCCGCCUCUUUCGUCGGGCUCACUUUCUCUCUCAAACAUUUUGUAUAUUCCUUUCUCUUUCUCUCUCUUCUCCAAAACCCUCCCAAAACCCUAGCAUCCUUUUUCUCUCGCCGGCUAGCUUGCUUGCCUUCAAUGGAGUUCUGGGGUGUUGAAGUCAAGGCUGGAGAGCCUCUGAAAGUAAAGCCUGAGUUAGGUUAUGUCAUCCAUCUUUCACAGGCUUGCUUGGGUGAGACUAAAAAGGACAAAGGAAAUGAUUCUGUCCUUCUCAACCUCAAGGUUGGCGACCAGAAGCUUGUUUUGGGAUUGCUUUCUUUGGAGAAAAUUCCACAAUUGUCAUUUGAUCUUGUCUUUGAGAAGGAGUUUGAGCUCUCUCACAACUGGAAAAAUGGGAGUGUGUACUUUUGUGGAUAUCAAACCCAAUAUGGAGAAGAAAAUGAUUUCUCGGAUCUUGAUGAUUCUGAAGAGGAAGAGGAAGAUGUCCCAUCAGCUGUCACUGAAAAUGGAAAGGGUGGUCAAAAGGUUGAGCAAGCUAAGCCUGCUUCAGCCAAGAGCAUUGCUGCCAAACCUGAAUCUUCUGAAAAGCCAAAAGUUAAACUUGUAGAGCCAAGCAAAGAUGAGGACGAUGAGGAUAGUGAUGAUGACGACGACGAUGAUGAUUCUGAUGGUGAUGAAGGUUCUGAUGAUGAGUCCGAUGAUGAGGAUAUGCUUGAUGCUGAUAGUGAUGAUGAUGAUGAAGGCAGUGAUGAGGAAGAUGAAGAAACCCCCAAAAAGGUCGAAUCUGGCAAGAAAAGGCCUAAUCAGUCUGCAGUCAAAACGCCCGUUUCUGUUAAAAAGGCUAAGCCAGAUUCUGCUCAAAAGUCUGGUGGUAAGAAGGGUGCCCCCCAUACUGCAACUCCCCACCCUGCGAAGAAUGCUGGCAAGACCCCUGGAACUGCUGACAAAUCAAAAGCUCAGACACCAAAAUCUGGCGGCCAGUUCUCCUGCAAAUCAUGCUCUAAGUCAUUUGGCUCUGAGAAUGCACUUCAGUCUCACUCUAAGGCAAAACACGCAGGAAAUUAGGGAGCAGACAAUGGAUUUACUUUCACUUUAGCAUGUUUUGGAUGUAGUUUUUAUAUAUAUGAAUUAUAGAAAGUGAUGUGUUAAGGUGUUUGGCAAAGAAGUUUUGAGACUCAGUAGCGUGGACAAGGUUUUUUAUUUUUUAUUGUCAAAUGAACCCCCGUCUCUUACUCUAAUGAUAUUGCUGGCAAUUAAGUGAUUUUCUUAAUUAUUUAUA